AUGGAGGAAGGAGGUUAUGAGUCGCUCUUGAAGGCGGCCGACAACUUUCAGAUGCCGCGGCUGCGAGAGACUUCGACCGGAUCCGCGAUCCAAAGCAAGCCUCUGACGGAGUCGCAGUCUGCGUUCCUCGCGCUGUCAGCGCUCUGCAACUUCUGGCUCCCGACACCUGCCCAGCGGUACGCUCAUCAGUCGUUCCUCGUUCUCGACGCAAACGGCUACCACUCCGUUAAUGUCAAAUACUGCGGAUGCUCCACUACUCUUCCGUACGAGCAGCUUCUGAACGCCGGGUGGUUUCCUGCCUCUACUCAACAGCCCCGUACCGCAUUCACAUUUUCUUUCCUCGACACCUUUCACCGCCUUACGCUCCAGGGGAAAAUAUCCCUUCAUGACUAUUAUCUGGCCGUCGUUCAGAAGACGGACAAUGCUGGUCUAUCCCAUCACGCGUCGAGAUACCAUGAAGCAACCCUAGCUACGAGGCAGUGGGCUCAUCUCAUGGCCCUUAAGCGGGCAGCCCGUGGACAUGACCCGUCAGGAAUCGAGGCAACGUCGAAUGGCGCCCUGGCUGUCGUUUGCCCGGCGUGUCCCCAACCAGGCUGGAACAUCCCGGAUGAUUGGAACCAGCGUCCUCCAGAAGAAAGAUGGAUUUACUCACUAUUCCUCGCUGUCGACGCCUGUUUUCGUCUGAAAAAUAAGGAUAGGAAGAUUAACGAUCCGGAACUCGGCAGCGGCUGGGGAUAUUACGUGCCUGAAAAGGAGUACAAGGAGCACAUCGAGUCGCACGUGGAGAUUGAGGAGACCACGGACCCCUGCGACUCGGCGUUCAACGCUAUCAAACAUAUGAACGCGACGAAGUCGAAACCUGGUGUCAUGUCAGUAAGUGGUGUCGGUGCCGUCAAGUGCGCAAGGCAUGCGCUUGUCCGGCCAAAUGGAGUUGCUGAUCUGCAGAAGGGCGAAAAGUACGUGACAAUGGACUACAUUUUUUGGUCCACGCUUCUUCUUCUCGGGUGCGUGCUCCCCGUCGUUGUCAGUUACGACAUCGCAUGCCAGUGGAAAAAGAACCUUAAGACGCGCCACGCCGCCCUCCCAGCACGUUUUGCGGCACUCUCAGCGAUUACUCUACGCUUUUUUAUUCCAAACCUCCAUGUCCACGGGCACGCAUUGCUCUGUCAAUUAUUAAUGUACUUCCUUCUUCACGAGUAUGUCGGCCUCACGCACGCAGAGACCAUAGAGCAAGAGUGGGCCCACAUCGGCGGCGUUUCUACGAUGACGCGGGACAUGGGCCCGGGCGCACGUCAUCAUACACUUAAUGAUCACUGGGGAUUUUGGAAUUUCCGGAAGGUCGUCGGGAUGGGUGACUUCUUCUUCAAGUCAUUGAUCACAACUCUUCACGAGCGCGCUCGACAUCGACGAGUUUAUGAAGAGCACACCUCGCGAUUUAGUCCCGCUCUCAUUCAAAAGUGGGAGGAGAUGAUCCGCCUAUGGGAGCUUGACCCGAACAAAAAUCCAAAUCCGUACGAAGAGCCCGAACAAGGCAAGUUCGCCAUCAAUGUCAGUCAAUUGCGGAAGGAGCUUGCUGACCAAGACGCCCGAGAUGCCAACAUCAACAAAGCUACGCUUCAUCCCACAACUGCCAAUCUAUUCAUUCGACAGGGAUUCAUUCUGCGCGAUCAGCAAUGGUCCAUCGAGGCUCAGGCCAAGCAACUCAAAGCAAACGCAACGGACACGGCGACGUCCACAUUGCAAGAGCGGCGCACGGCGCUCUAUCGGAGCAUUCAGGAGUGGUACAGCGUUCAAAACUCUUACAUGCCAGCAGCCAUCACCCGUCGCUCUUCUCGGCUUGCGGAGAACGACGAAACGUCCGAUGCCAUCAUCAAAGCUGAGCAUCUUCCGAUCCUGAUGCCCUCCGACAUCCCCGAUGCUCUGCGCAUUUCCGGGUGUGUCGGAGGUGUUGUUGACAUGGAGAAGCAAUACGUCAUCGCUAGAAUGAAGGAUGGACUGGUCAACGUUCGACGCUUCCUGGGCGUCAGGGCUUCCGUGCGUCAAAAGAUCAAGCAUUCGAUGGGCGGCCAGAAAGAUGGCACGCGAUCCAAAACGCUCUGGGACGGGAUAUCGAAGAAGCUCGAACAGUCUGUGUUUACGUACCGCUCGGCAUACGCAGCUGUCAAGAUCUUGGAUCCAUCCGGAGAAUGGUGGAACUACUACCGUCGUUUGUCCGACGACGAUAUCCGUGGUCCAUACCGUGAUGAUGUAUUGGAUGAUUCGGAACGGCGGAGGACACCUUCCUGGGUAUGGACUGCGCCUGAUGCCCGCACUGGCAACACGGAGACUGAUGACAGGGAUGCCGAUGAACACUUGCGCAGCGAAUGGGCGAGGCAGCGGGCACGAUCGCGCAGAUGCGCCGAAGAGGUCGUGCUUCUUGUGGAGGAAAUGAGACGUGUCCUGACCUAUCUCCGUGCGAAGGCUUCCUGGUGGGAUGAACAGCAAGACCAACGGAUCGAAGUGGACCUCCGUCUCAUGCGCGGACUGAACGCUUACGCUCGACGCCAAUCACGCAUACUCACGAGGCUUGGGACAGUCUUCUCGUCCAGAUGGUUACCCUUGCUCAAGGUUUCGGCGCUUGGAGGCAAAUGGAUACCGCAGUUCGAUACAGUCAAGGUCUCGUCUGACGCGCCUUCUAAGAAGUCUUCGCAAUUGAAUGCACGCCAGGCAAUGAUGGCAACGGCAAUGUUGACGGAUGCCACAGCAUGCACGGAAGAUGCAUUUGCUGAAGAAAAACUCUUGGGUGUAGAUGUUGAGGACGAUGAGUAUGCGGCUGACACGGAGGACGAGGAUAGCGACGAGAGCGGCGCGGAAGAUGACACCCCAGACUGGGCGCGGAUCGAGGAAUGA